GAAAACAGCAACUGCUGUUGCCCACUGCAAGAGAGGGAAUGGACUCAUUAAAGUGAAUGGCAGACCUCUGGAAAUGAUCGAGCCCAGGACUCUGCAGUAUAAACUGCUCGAGCCUGUCCUGCUCCUGGGCAAGGAGCGCUUUGCUGGUGUUGACAUCAGAGUCCGUGUCAAGGGUGGCGGCCACGUAGCACAGAUCUAUGCUAUCCGUCAAGCUAUUUCCAAAGCAUUGGUGGCUUACUAUCAAAAAUAUGUUGAUGAAGCCUCCAAGAAAGAGAUCAAGGAUAUUCUAAUCCAGUAUGACAGGACUCUGCUGGUUGCAGAUCCGCGCCGUUGCGAGUCCAAGAAAUUUGGAGGACCUGGUGCCCGUGCACGCUACCAGAAGUCUUACCGUUAAAGUUGUUCUACUGUCUCGUGACAGUUAAUAAACACGAAAAGAAUUUGAUAAAUA